AUGGUGAAACGUAAGUUGGGCGCCCUUGAAAAGGUCGACGCCGACCUCGCGAAUCUACAAAACAAAAUCAAGCGCGACCCUCGAUCUUACCACACCGACUUCUCCCACCAGUACAUCCAGUAUGAGAAUCAACGGCAGAUCUUCAUGCAGGCGCCCACCGCGGCCUCCGACAACACGGGCGUCAUUUCCUUUCGAGACCUGAUCGAGUUCGUCGCCCACGUGUCGGACUGCUACAAGAUCGAGACGAAAGACUUUCCCGGUCAACUGAUCGAGAUCCUAUCCACGCACCAUGCGAGCCUCGAGCCCGAACUGCGCGAGAAGAUCUUGGGCAGCCUCGUGUUGCUGCGGAAGAAAGAGAUCAUAGACUCCCUGACACUGCUACAGUGCUUCUUCCCGAUCCUCAUAUCCACUCCGAGCAAGAGUCUACGGGCGCUGCUGUUUCAGAAAAUCAUCAGUGAUUUGCGUGGUGCGAACGCAAAGACGACAAAUCACAAGUUGAACAAGAGCGUGCAGACGACGCUGCAUAAUCUCGUCACGGAGGACAGGACGAGUCCCAAAGCGCUCUGGGCCAUCAAGAUCACGAGGGAGAUGUGGAAGAGACAGAUAUGGACGGAUGCGAAGGCCGUGGAAAUUAUGAAAGAGGCGGCGGUCAGUGAUAACGAGAAAUGCGUCGUCGGCGGUGUGCGCUUCUUCUUGGGAGGCGACAAGGAGCGGGAAGAACUCGAGGACGAGAGCUCGGACGACGAGGCGGUGGAUAUGGGUCGGUUACGGCAUCAGAUCGGGGUCAACAAGAAGAGUAAAAAGGCAGAACGGAGGCUCGAGAAGGCUGCCGCUACAGUGCGGAGGAAGGAGAAGAAAAAGGGUCAACCGCAUCCGUUGAACUUUUCGGCACUGCACCUGUUACAUGACCCUCAGGGAUUCGCGGAAACGCUGUUCACGAAGCACCUGCAAGCGGCCAAAUCGAGGCUCAAUCUCGAGCAAAAGUUGUUGGUGCUGCAGCUUGUAUCGAGAUUGAUCGGGUUGCACAAGUUGACCGUUCUCAGUUUCUACAGUUACUUUUUGAAGUACUUGACACCGCGUCAGCCAAGCGUGACGAGUUUCCUGGCAAGUCUGGCACAGUCGACACAUAACCUUGUGCCACCUGAUGUGCUGGAGCCUCUUGUGCAGAAGAUUGCGAACGAGUUUGUGUCAGAAGCCGCAGCCGGGGAGGUUGCAGCAGCGGGCCUGAAUGCGAUCCGUGAAAUUUGCGUACGGCAGCCGUUGGCGAUGAAUGACACUCUGCUCCAAGACUUGGUCAUGUACAGGAAGAGCAAGGACAAGGGUGUCAUGAUGGCAGCCAAAGGACUACUGGGCUUGUACCGGCAAGUUGGGGCAGAGAUGCUGAAGAAGCGUGAUCGAGGAAAGGAUGCUUCACUUGGCCUCCGAUCUGGUGAUCAGAAACAACAACGAUUUGGUGAGGAAAUGGUCGGUGAGAUUGAAGGUCUAGAACUAUUAGAGAAGUGGAAAGAAGAAGAGAAACAGCGGAAACGGCUGGAGAAGGGUCUUCCCGCGGAUGGAGAGGAUGAGGAGGAGGACGAAGAUGAAGAAGAUUGGAAUGCCUGGGACGUGCAAGAAGACGAUAGCGAUGAUUCGGGUGGGUGGAUCAAUGUUGAGAGUGACGACGAAAUCAACAUCAGCGACAGCGAAGAUGAAAAGCCUUCGAGUAAGAAGGUACGAUUUGAUGCCAAAGUCUCGACCAGCGACGACAAAGAGAAUGGGGCCGAAGAUGAAGACAAGGCGGAUGGCGUGGAGGCUUCGGAGAAGUCGAAAUCGAAUCUGGCCACUACCCGGAUCCUCACGCCUGCGGACCUGGCAAAAUUGCAGGAAUUGAGGACUACCUCAUCUGUGUCAUCGUUGAUGAAGAACCACAAGUCGCACCACAGUGCACGAGCGGAGCAGACGAAUGCCCAACGACAUAUUGAUGAUCCUCUGACGGCUGCAGAGAUUGAAGGUCUGGCAUCCUUGUCGCGAGGUAAAGCGACUCGAGCCCAGAAGUUGGCUCUCCUCGAAGAGCACAAGGCGGAUCGGGAGGAUCACAAGUCUAAAGCUGCUCGGAAGAAGGAGAGGAAAGAGAGCGAGGGUAAAAGUACGACCAACAAGGAGAAGGCUCGGAAGAAGAAUUUCUUGAUGACUUUGGGCAAGGCCAAGUCCAAGGGCAAGAGAAGUUUGGUCGAGCAUCGCAAGAUUCUGAAGGCGCAUGCUGCCAGGCAAAAGAAAGGAGGAAAACGAGGGAAUCGAGGAUAGAAGUGUCGUAGAAGAUGAAUCUAUUCAAUAUGGAGUAAACA